CGAUCAGGUUUACAUUUUAUUUUUGAAUAUUUUGAGGCAAGGUACAUACAACCAUAGCUUAAAUUUAUUGCCUAUAUAGUUUAUAUUGAUUGCUAGUUAAGGAACAAUGAUACGAUAUGACAAGAAUACCUGACUAAAACUAAUUAAAUGGACAACGCUCAAUGGUAUAUGUUGGCAAUUGUUGUCUCAUGGGUUACAGCUGUCCGUCACCCAGUGGACAAGCGGCCAAGAUCCAGGUUCACACCACGCCUUCGUGUAGUCAAUGGCGUCACCGAUAUCAACAAUCAGUAUCCUUUCAUCGUGUCCCUGGAGACCGAAGAAUCAAUUCAUGAGACCAUCCCAUUUUUCAGACAGUGCACCGGCUCCCUUUUUACAAACCAGUGGGUCCUAACCGCAGCGCAUUGUCUGGACCCAGGAAUCAAAGUCGUCAGAUACGGUGACAUGUCAGUGCCAAGAAAGGAAACGAAACUUUUGUCUCAAGUUUUGAAACAAAUACCACAUCCAGAAUAUCUCUCACAGAAUCAAGGAUACCGCAACAACGCCGAAUGGCUGCAAAAUGAUAUAGGCUUAGUACACACGAAAGAGAUUCCUAUGGAUAGAUUAGGAAGAAUCCACACGGCUGAUUAUAAAACGUUUAUCGGAAGAGCAUGUAGAUUUGCUGGGUUCGGUUUGACUAGCCCUAAUGUUGACGAGAUGAAGCUCCGUGAUGUAAUAGCAGAUGAAAAGAGACCGUUGCUAGUUGGGGAGGGUCUAAUAAGAGGGGAACUGGAGGGCGCUGAUGCUAAAAUAUCGUCUCCAGCAUUGGCGGUAGUUCCCAAAUGUGGGAAUAGUAAGCAGUGGCCUAAUGUUGGUGAUUCGGGAGGACCCUUAGUGAUAGAUAAAAAGAUUGUAGGCGUGUGUACUGGGGGCUCGUCGUACGACGAGAAGAGGUAUAUUGUCAACUAUUAUACUCCUGUAAGUCCUUAUAUUGAUUGGAUAAGAAAUAAUAUCAAAUCGAACACUUAAAUUACAUACUAUCGACGUUUCGAUCUUAUAAACACAAUUUUAUACAAUUGACUCUAUUCAUGAAGAAUCACGCAAAAACUAUUCGAAGGGUUUCAGUGAUAUUUAGUGCACUGGCAGUAUACAUACACCCAGGAAUAAGUAUUUAAAUAUUAAUAUAAUACGCAAGGUGUGAAGUUCCGAAGGAAGGAGCGACUUCGUUUCGAUAAAUCAUCUCAUCAAAGAUGGUUUUACUCCCAAUAUAUGGCAGUUUCUUCGCAAAAAGUUGGGCGCAUAUCCAACUAGAGGUGACGGAAUCCCAUAUUUGGUACGCCGCUUAUGAAGUACAACCCGAGAUGCGUAAACUGGGCGUAAACUUUCUUGCAUUGCGUAAACCGUUUUCUGGAUACAAUCACUAUAAAUAGCAAGGAAAAAGAUAAUUUUAAAACAUUAUAAAAGCAUUACCAUUUUAUUAAAAAUAUUUCAAUCGCUUCCAAUUAUUACAAGUAGUAUUUUAGAUCAUUAUCAACUUCAGCAGGCAACACCUAUCUGGCAGUGAGUCAGGUACUCUAGAUUAAUAUCUAGACCAGACUAAAAUACUAAAAUGUCGCGUCUUAUUUAUGACUACACGUGUUUUCAAUUGUAGGGCGCAGUUUAAGUACGUAAUUUAUGGCUGGCCGUAUGUUUUGUUGAGUGCACUGUGCAAUUUAUACGAGUAGGAAAAAAUGCGUUUUAGUAAUAUUUUAUCAAGCCUUUUUGGUGGGAUAAUGGGCGUCAACAAUAUUACAACUAUAGUAUUUAAUAUAUAAUUUUCUUGAAACGUCGUAUACAUUCAGGAGUAGAAAGAAGGACAUAGGAUUUGUAGGAAGUUCACUCAGGCGAAACCGAUCGUAAAUGAUAGUUUAAUAUAACAUUCUAUACAGGUACCGUAAUAUGUUUAAUAAUAUUGCAAACAACUGUACUUCAUUGUGCGUAUGGAAAUUUAAAUGGAAAUUGUAUGUAUACUGGGAAAAAAACAUUUCUAAUAACAGUUAGUCAAAGAGGAAAACGUGUUCCUUUAAAACAUGUAUUUUAAAGCAAACCAUUCUCGAAUUCUCCACCUACCCUCAAGUCGCCGGAAGCGCCGCCAUUUCCGGCCGCCACCUGUCGCCGUGCCGACUUCCGGUCGCUCUUGACCGCCCUUUUAUCGACUGUUUGUAUGUUCGUGCGACUUGAAAGAUUUAUUGCGAUUUAGAAUUAAAGAGCGCGAUUAUCGGAUCGCACUUUGAAUUUUUACCCGAUUACGGCGAAGUGAAAGGGUGCAAUGGAAUGUUCAUUUAUUGUCUUAUAACUUACAACAUUUUUGGAGAUCGAUAUAGUAUGAAUAUCAACAUGUUAUGUAUGGGUACCCGUUAAGGCAUAUGUUUAUUCAUGGGUCAUUAAAUAUUUUUAUUCUAAAUUUCAUCAAAAUCUGUUUAGCGGUUUAGUCGAAAAAGCGUCAAUAGACAGAAAUUCACAUUUAUAAUUAGUACGGACAGGUCGUCGAAGGCGCACGUUGAUAUUUCUAAGUAUAAAAAGUCUAUGUUUUGUAGCCAGUCAUUAUUAUGAUUCAACUAUACAAGUUUUGAACAAUUUUUCUAGUUUCUACUAGGUGUGGGGCCUAGCUCUAAGCGAGGCGAGGCCCCAUUGCUGCUUUACGUCAUGCCGCUUCGUUGUGCUACGUUCAAUUUUCCUUAAGAUUUGACGUGCUACUGUUGACAUAACGUCGAAUCUCCAUCCAUAAUUUUGCGUUAUCCGUCGAUUGGUGUCAAAACAACUGAGCUCGACUGAACAAUGGGACCGCGCUCUUAUUCUGUACAAUUUCUGCGGCUAAACCUCUCACCCGUAGAUCGUUAAGUCUGUUAGCCCUGAGGAUAUCCGCUAAGACACCUGGCCCUCCGACCGCGCCAUUAGGUCUAAUAAGAUUAGUUUAAACCGCCCGUCUUGAUACUUCGUGUUUGGUGCAAGUAAUAAAGUGAGCGUUUUUCUUGAACAACGAAAACCAUUCGACAUGUAUUGUAAAAUACCAAUUCCUAAAUGUUCUGUCCUAACUAAUACUGCAAUAAUAACUUUAAUAGGCAAUGUUGCUGGUAUUAUGGGAACCUUUGGGUCGGACAUGAGGCGGGACCGUAUUUGAUGAUAUAUGUAAAACGUGUAAUACUUUUAAACUGAAUAAAGAACUAACAGUGAUAUUAUUAA